AUGAUGGAACAGGGAGUUCAAGCGGUGACUGCAGUAUCCAUACAAAGUGCUCUGCAUAGUCUGGGCGGAAUGCAGGCAAUUUAUCCUCUGUUUGAGCGGAUCGAUUUACCCGUUCGUGGUUCUGACGCAGAGAGAUCUCCAUUGUCUACAGAUGACACAGCUGGGACGCAACCUAGCUUGACGAAAUCACUGGCUACACACCUGUUACAUUUGGUUCUCAGCUUUGUUCGUGCCUCUCCUUUACUGGCUCGUCAACUGGUCCAAACGCGUGGUCUGUUACUAUUCGCCAGCGCAUUACGUAAUGCAUCCCCACAUCAUUUAACGAUGGAUCUCCUCACCCGAUUGAUCACGGCCGCACGCAAUCUGCUCGCCUUGAUUCGGGCCGUGGCACUGUCGGGAGCAUCUGUUCAAGGAACGCAACAUUCGUACGUUUUUCAACUGAUUCGCCAUUUGCACGGCUAUUUGCUGUGCAAUCCAGAUGUUUGGAUUCGAGCCCCAUUGGAUGUGCAAGAUCAACUGUACCAAUUCCUCACGACCGAAUUCCUCCCGGAUUUGGUACGGUUCGGUUGUGUGCAUCGCACAAGCACAGUGAUUCAAUCGAUUCACACGUUGAAAUACUAUUUUUCUCUGAUCGAUCCACGCAAACGCAGUGGUUAUGAACUGAAAACACCCGCUCGUCUACCUCAAAAUCGUUUAAUGUUUCUGUUAAGUCACCUUGAUGUUGCUUGUUUGUUUAAGUCACUAUCACUAACGUUCUUCGGAUCCGGCCAGUGUCACCCAGUUUUGAUGACGGGCAGUUUCACUGUAGUCCUGGUCAAUAUCGCACCGUCAUAUCCGGGUGUUAUGUGA